AUGCCAUUUAAUUGGGUGAAAAUCUGGUUCCAAAAUCGUAGAACAAAGUGGAAGAAGCAGGAUAACAUUUCCAAUUCCGAGGUCGCCGAACACAAGACCACAAACCCUUCAAAAAAUGCACCUGAAAACAACUGUAAAACCCAGAGCAGCACCGCAUCAACGAGUUCCAGUGCUACUGCUGCAACAACAGCAAUGGAAACGUCGGGAAAAAAAUCGCAGCACCACCACAACAACAAUACAAAUAACAGCUCCCAAAAUAAUGGUGGCAGCAAUGAAAAGCAUCGCACCACAGCCACGAGCGAAUUAAGCGCCAAAUUGACUGCAAAACAAGCGACCAAAAUCAAAAAACAACUAAAUGCGCUACUGGAGAAAACCGCAAAAAAUUCAACGUCAGCGAGUGUCAACAGCAACAGCGCAGCACUGGUCAACGGUGGAGGAGGCGACAGCGUAACAGCACCGAAAACUGCAGGUACCAGUGGGAAGUCGAGCAACAAAAACGUAGAGAAUGCACAACAACAUCCGCAUAAUCACCAACAACAACAACAGCACAACCAUCACCCCCACCACCACCAUCGUGUUGGCCAUCACUCGCAUUCGCAUGCUCUUCAUCGACAACACGCCAUCCCGCUGACUGUUGAGCCUGCCGCACCGUUGGAGCAGACAGAGAAACUCGAAAUCAAAUUAGAGGAAUCGCCGCAGCAUCGGGAACUGCAAUUAAGCCUGUUGCGCGCUGCCAGCAAUCAUAGUCCACUGCACUUUAGCGACAUGGAUUUCGAAAGCAAAUUGGCCGCCUCGAAAAUAUCGAAUGCGCUACUCAGUGCCAAAUUGAAUGUGGAUAGAACGGAUGCAGCUGGAAGACGAAAUGGUAGUAGCCUCGAGAAAGAGUUGCAAAAAGCAACGAGUACAGCAGCAAAGACAAGCGAAGAAAACCAGCUAAAGGUGGAGAAAGAAAGUGGGGCAGAUAUGGCAAAAGAAGAGAUGGUGAUGGAACAGGAAACAGAUGUAAAGUCGCCAAUUGUCGAUGAACAUGAUUACGAAGAGCAUGAGGAGGACAAGGAUGCAGAGAUGCGCGAUGUUGAAAAUUAAAAAGGAAGAUUUUGUGAAGCAAAC